AUGUCUAAGUCCGCGAUAAUAAAUGCGGUGAGGCCAGAGGAUCUUAUUUGGGAAGGUAAGUCACUCAAGUUUAACGAGUCAAGUGAAAACAAAAAAGACGUGUGUGGAGGAAUUUUGACGCUGCGGCGGAAAUAUUUUCUAAAUGUCAAUGAACAUGCUGUAAAUGAUAUAUCAGCGAAUUGUUCGCUUACUAGACAUGUUUUCGAGUCUGCACGGGUUUGUCCAUACACGUGGGUUGUUUAUGAAAUGGCCACCACCCUGCUUCUACUCUAUGUGUACCUCAUUGGAGCCUCACUAGCAACACACUGCGACAAAGAACUCAACUACCACGACAACUAUGGCUACGGCAUCGAUAUCACCUGCGAAGACCUCACCGACGAGAAAAUGCUCAGCAACAUAUCAGUCUCGAACGAGAUCGUACUCAAGAUCAACAACUCCAGCCUCACCAAAGUGACGCCAGACGUGUUUACGUGUGUUCCUAGAAUUAGAUACCUGUCAAUAACCAACUCGACGUUCUUGUUUGAUCCGAGAGACGAGGUUUUCAGCAAAUUGAUAAGGUUAGAACACCUCACGGUGGCCAAUACGCGGUUUGAUAUCAUCAGCGGGUCAGUGCUGGGGGGUUUGGAUCAUCUGAAAGAACUGAAUUUGAUCAACUGUAGUCUCAGACUAGUGAGGAAUGACAGUUUCACGGUGCUGAAAAAUCUGGAAACUCUAAAGUUAUCACAUAACUAUUUCAAAAGUUUGUUUGAUAUUCCUUUCUGCGAACUACCGGCGUUGAAGUUUCUGGAUUUAGACCACAACAAAAUUGGACAAAUUGAUGAUAAUUUUCUGAUUUGUUUUGAGAAGGAGCACGAAUCGGAUUUCAAGCUGAAUGGACGGGACUACGACAUUCAUUACCACGGGGAUGAUUUUUAUCACCAAACUAGGUCGAAUUUUAAUUUGUUGGAGCUGAAUUUGAGUUACAACGAAAUCACGAGAGUCGGGGUUUUUGAUUGGGCGUUGGGUUUAAAACACGUAGAUUUAUCGAAUAACAGACUGAAGAAUAUUAGUGCAGAAAUAUUUGAGAUGUUAGAUGAGUUAGAAAAACUUAAUCUUCGUAAUAACUCACUUGAAUUUGUGGACGCAAAAGCCUUCACCAAUUUAGUUAAUUUAAGACAUAUUGACUUAGAAAAUAACUUGUUAAGGCAGAUCCAUUUGCAAAAUCUCUCUUCACUGGAAGAAGCAAAUUUAUCUAACAACAAACUAGGAUCCAGAAGCCUCAUCAACUUAAGUAAUUUACCUAAACUCCAGAAACUACUUCUACGUGGUAACAAAAUUGGUGAUAUUCCUGUAGGAGUCUUCAAAAAUUUUGUUUCUCUCGAAAUUUUAGAUUUGUCUAAUAACAAACUAACACUGAGUGAUCAACCGUUCGAAAAUUUAUCAAACCUGCAACACCUCAGCAUCAGAAACAACAGUUUAGAAAAAAUCCCCUUUGGCACCUUCAACAAACUAACAAAUUUGGAAGUGUUGGACAUUUCUGGAAACAAAUUAGGUCCUGUUCUGGACCAGCGAACUUUCAGCGACCUAGAGAAUCUCGAGGUGUUGAAUAUCUCCAACAAUAUUAUCGAAGUUUUAAAUUAUGAAUUGGUCGAGCCGUUGCGCAACCUCCAAGUACUUGAUAUCUCAGGAAACCGAUUGCAAAACUUCCAGAUUAGUUUAAUUUCGCUGUUACCUUCACUUCGCGUAAUUAACAUUAAGUCGAAUCUAUUGCCGUGCAGUAUUCUUUCGAUCAUUAUUACCUUUCUUAAGAGUAAGGACAUUAGUUUUAAUAUCAACGAGGAAUUUGAAUACGAUAGACAGAACGUAGAUGGAAUUUACUGUGAGGAAAUGUCGGAGAGAAUUUUAAUCCAACACGAAACGAGAAGUAUUAGUGGGGUUUUAAUUUUUGGAAUCGUUUUUCUUGUUUUUGCAUGCACUGUAUUGUUUUCGUUUGUGUCUUAUAGGUGUUUUUUGUGUUCGAAAAGACGGGGGUAUAGACACGAUGAAUUAGAACUGUUGUAAACCAAAUAUUUAAAUAAAUGACUAUAUUUUUUUA